UGCGUAAAUUUAAUUGUCAUGCAUGUGGAAUCAAACAAUCGAAUUUUUGUUAAUAUUAGUUUGACAAAUGAUUUUUAAAAAUACGAUUGACAGCCUUUGUAUAAAAAGAGAUCCCGUAUGUGGUCCCCUCCUGUUCGGCAUACAGUAAUCACGUGGUAUAGGAACAAGCGCCAUAUUUGAUAUUUUCAUCUUCAGCAUCCGUUCGUACAAAAAUUAAUUUCUCAUAUUUAUUAGACCAUCGAUAUAAAUUGGAUAUAUCAGUAACCUUUAAAGACAGAGAAACGUAUGACUUUCUACAGGUCAAGAUGUUUGAUUUCCACUUUGCACAGCUGAAAGACAAGAUACAACAGGCCAAGAGAGUCCAAUUGUUUGGUGGACUCACUGGUGAUAGGGCUAAUAGAAGACACCAGGCAAAGAUGAUAAACGUAAUGAACACUUCAUGGAAAAAUGAGGAGCCCACAAUAAACUUCACUACCAGACCAUAUGAGGAACCCAGACUUAAUGAACCAUUGUAUGAUGGAAGUAAAACUUCAAUCCUCCAAUCAGUGUUGCGCCAUUUUGUGACAUUUUGCUCGAACAAUGGCAUGUCAAAGUCUGCAGUGAGCAUGUGUUUGUCAAAUGAAAAAAAAGUACUGCCUCAACCAAACAAGCUACCCAAAAGUUACAAAGAAGCGCAUGACAUGGUGAAACACCUUUUAAUACCAACAACAACCUAUCAUUGUUGUGUCAAUGACUGCCAGAUAUUUAGACUAGAACAUUCAGACAAUAUAAAGUGUUCUGUUUGUGAUGAGGAUAGGUACUUGACCAACUCACAGAAUCCAAGAAAGACUUUUACCUAUAUGCCCUUAGGUCCUAGACUAGCUAGGUGGUAUGGCACAGACAAUGUCUGUAAACUUUUAUAUUCCAAACAGGAGGUUGCAAAUGGAAAACUUGGCGAUUUUACAGAUGGAUCCAUAUAUGAAUCUUGGUAUGAAGAAGGGGGAGUCUUUGAAAACAUGGAGGAAUCUUUAACUGUUCCAUUAGCUUUAUUUACAGAUGGACUUAACCCGAAUAAAAGUAUGGCUACCCAAAAGUCAAUGUGGCCGCUUAUUUUGACAUGGUUAAAUUUGCCUGUAAAUGUUAGACAAAUUCUUGGCCCAAUGAUGCUUGUUGGUAUUAUUCCUGGAACCAAAACAGAAGAACCAAAACAUCUUGAUCCGUAUUUAGAAUUAAUUGUUGAUGAACUAUUGACAUUAUCUGAAUGUAAACUUUUUAACACCUACAAAGGAGCACCAUGCAAAGUUAAAGUGGCACUUUUACAAUACCAGUGUGAUAUACCAGCAUUUGGCAAGCUGUUACAUGUGUCAAGUCAGGCAGCAUUAAGAGGAUGCCCAUACUGCAGAGAAACUGGGGAAUACUGUAAAAACCUUCACAAAGUUGUCCACUUAAGCAACAGAUCAUUUUUACCUACCAACCAUCAUCUACGAUCAGAUACCACAAACUAUGCAUCAAAGAGGGAAGAAUCUUCAACAACUGAGCACAUGUAUACCAACGAAGAAGAGUAUGACCUAAGGAAGCAGUAUGAUAAUCUACCAAACAAAAACCAAAAAAACAAUAUGCAAAAAAGAACGGGUUUGAAAGGUACAUACAGCUUCAUGAAACUACCAUAUCACAAUAGAUCAGAACAGAUGCAACCAGAUGGAAUGCACACAAUUGCUGAUGUAAUUGGUAAUGUUUUGGAUACAAUUACUGGAAAAGAUGAUUCUAAGAAAGUAAGGCUAUGCGAACAAGAAUUUGAUCGUUUUAAAGACACGUGGGUGAAAGAAAAUACAGAUGUGACGGAAGAGUCAACAGACAAUGUUGUCAACAAUGAAGUAGUGGGUCAGAAAAGAAAAUCAGUUACUCCGAAUAAUGUGCAGCACAAAAAGAAAAAGAGUAAUAAUGUUGAACAAUGUGUAUUACCACCUGCCCCUUGGAGGUUAGAUCGUACAGCUCUAGCACUUGCAGAUAAGAGAGCCAAAAGUUUACAAUACCCACCUGGUUUUGACUACCACCCAGAUAAACAUUUCUCCAAGCCAUGGACACUUAGAACUAUGCAUGGGAAACUUCAGUUUGUCACAAGUAAUGCUGCUGCAUGGUGUUUGCAUGGUUUGUUGGGAACAGAACAAGAGCGUACAUUGCUGAAGUUGUUUGACGUAUUGAAAAAGCUUACAAAAGAAGAAUACAAAGUUGCUGAUUUAGAACAGUUACAGGAAGAAACCCAUGAAGCUCUUGCUUUGAUUGAAAGAGAUUUCCCAUUAUCCUUACAAACAAUAACCAUGCAUCUUCUACAUCAUAUUCCGGAGGGAUUUCCCAGAUACGGUCCAUUGUAUGGAAGGUGGCUUUUUCCUUAUGAGAGGGUUAACUGUUGGAUUACAAGACAAGUACUCAACAAACACAGAAUUGAAUCUACAGUCAUGGAAACAUAUGCAAUAUAUGACUGGUGUGUAUUUAUGCUCAUGUCAGACAUUGUUGAUACAGAUGAUUUAACACUUGGUAAAUUUGAAGACAUUUGCAACUUAAAUGAGCCCAAAAAGGAAACCACGAAGAAGACCCAAACAUUAUUAGAGGAAAAGGUUCUAGAUGACAUGUCUGAGGUUUAUGACUUUGCAUUAACUUCAAGAAUGAACAAACAAGGGUUAGCUUUGAAGAGUGUAGAGAAAAAAGUAAAUGGAAAAACCAGUCGAGUUUCCAGCAAUAAACAGUCACCAUCACAUGUUUACUUUGUCAGGAAUUUAAAAGACCAGCAUCCCUGUGUGAGGGAAGAAGAUGAUAUGGUCUUUGGUCGUGUGAAAUCAAUUUUCGAACAUGAUUGGCGUGGUAAAAUGUACACCUGGGUACUACUUGAUUUGUUCAGUGAUGUUGCAUAUACAGAUGGGUUUUGGAACGUUUCAGAACGAGUGAGUUGUUGCAAGCCCUUCCUCUUAGAUGAUAUAAGUGAACCACAAGUUAUAGGAAGAGACAAUGAUAGAUUGUUUUUCAUUGGUGUUGAUGUGAAAUUAUGUUCUAAUGAAUUGUAGACUAAGAAUACAGAUACAAUCUGGUCUGUUUAUAACUAUAUGUCCAUCAUCAUGACCAUAAUCUAGAGAUUGGUUAUCUGUCUGUAAUUAUCUUGUUUUUAAAGUAGGUCAUGUGAGUUAACAUCAAAGGAGGUAAAACAUCAGUGUGGAAACAGAAGUCUUGACAUUUAGGUCCACAAUGGUGGUAUACUCCAAUCAUGCAUUUACUUAGACAAAUAAUUGUAAAAGUACAUUGCCUAUAUGUACAUGGUUAAUAUUCUAGUUAUGAAAAGAUUUUCUUUAAAUUAUGUUAAUUGUUUUUGCUGGAGUGACCAAUAUGCUGGAAAGAGCUUUUCUCAUUUUCUAUUAUAAUUAUUAUCAUAACUUGUUUUGGGAAAACUUUGUUUUAUCAACUAUUCAAGACAAGGAUGUUUUUAAAAGUAAUGGCUAAGAACCUACCCUAUUGUUAAACUUAGGGCUAUGAGAAAAUAACUAAUUAAAAUAGAUUAGCACUCAAUCCAAAAAUGAUUUUAUUGUACUUGUAAAAAGUUUACAGGAACAUUUUUUUUUUAAUUUCAAUACUAUUUACAGUUUGACAAACAUUUGGAAAUGUCAACUUUAUUAUUUAUUUUUAUUCAUCAACUUUAAAUUUUGGACUAAAAACAUGUAAAAUAAAAAAAAAUCUUUUCGACACUUUAUCUGUAUACUAUAUAUGUAUUUUUGUACAACUGAAUUUGUAUAUUUUGCCUAAUAUUACUAAAUGUAUAGUUUGUAAAUAUAGGUAACACCAACUUAUGUAAUUAAAUUUGAUACUCAGUGAAUAUUAUUUAAUUGUAAUAAAAAUGCAAAUGAUGCACGAGGGUCUUAGUGAGCUUUACAGAAUAGAGAAUACAGAAUUUUUUCAAAAUAUAUAAAGUAAAGAGAAUAAGAAGGUGUGCAAGCAUAAAGUACCUGUGGAAAUAAUAUUAAUGGUAUACAAGACUGAUUACAGACAUGAAGAACUUUAAAGAUUUAUUUCAAUACAGAAAGAAAAUUUGUAAUAGUGAAGAUAUUUUAUUCCAAAAAUUACUUCUCUGCUCAUGCAAUUUUGGGGUUCGUUUCAGUCUUGAUUAAUAUUUCAGAAACUAAAUAUUAAAAAUACAAAUAACAAAUGUCUGGCAACCAGUUGCUCCAGUUAGUACCACAUAAUAUUUUCAUUUAGUAGCUUGUAUAUAAACGAUUCAAAUUAAAUGUAUUAAGUCAA